UUGCAUUACCUGUUGAAGUUUGUUCUCUGUUAUAUCAAUCAUGUUUGCACAGCUUCUGAGAUCCUAAGGACUGGUUCACGCUUGCAUGUUGUGCUGUCACAUACUGUAGUUAUUUGAAAGAUUUACCCACUGCCUUGCACGAGAAACAAAAUCUCUAUCAAUAAAAUUGUUGCCCCCCAGCUGCCAAGUGAGUUUAAACCAUUUUGCAUGCUACAUCCUCACAGGCGCCUGACAUUGGCCUUGUGUAAUGCAUAUUUUGAGAACCGGUUGUAUCCGGUUGAUGAUGGGGAGCUUCUGAGACACGGGAGCAUCUGGAUUUUUCCUGCUUGUGCCGCCUCGAUUGCGUAAAGUGAAAGGCAGGUGCUGUGUACUGUCUCUCUCUUUCUCUUCAUUGCUUUCUUACUGAGUACUACACAUGGCCUCUUCACUCCUGACCCGCCAGCUGACCAACUCCCUUCAGCAAAACCUGCGUCUCACCACUACGGUUUGCAGAUAUGUCAGCAAAACUGCCACUAAGACCGAGUCAGAGUUUGAAUAUGAUUCCCCUUCAAUGAAAACACAGGUUCCAGGUCCAAGGUCCCAGGAGCUACUGAGACAACUAGGUGACAUUCAGAAUGUUGGGGCAGUUCAUUUCUUCUGUAACUAUGAGGAGAGCAGGGGAAACUACCUGGUGGAUGUGGAUGGCAAUCGAAUGCUGGAUGUGUACACACAAAUCUCCUCCAUCCCCAUUGGUUACAAUCAUCCGGCUUUAAUGAAAGUGAUGACCAACCCAAACAAUCUGAGUGCGUUUGUGAACCGACCGGCACUUGGUAUCCUGCCACCUGAAAACUUUCCAGAAAAAUUGAUUGAAAGUCUUCUGUCGGUCGCCCCCAGCGGGAUGACCAGAGUGCAGACGAUGGCCUGUGGAUCCUGCUCCAAUGAGAACGCUUUCAAAGCCAUGUUCAUUUGGUACAAAAAUAAAGAGAGAGGACAUAAUAACCCAUCUGAAGAGGACAUUGGCUCCUGCAUGAUCAACCAGAGUCCUGGAUGCCCAGAUUUAAGCAUCUUGUCAUUUAUGGGUGGUUUUCAUGGCAGGACUUUAGGUUGCCUGGCCACAACACAUUCAAAACCCAUUCACAAACUGGACAUACCAUCGUUCGACUGGCCCAUUGCCCCCUUCCCGAGGCUGCAGUAUCCUCUGGAGGAGUUUGUAAGGGAGAAUGCACAAGAGGAGGCGCGCUGCCUGGAGGAGGUGGAGGAUCUGAUCAUAAAGUGGAGGCAGAAGGGCAAACCAGUGGCUGGUAUUGUGAUCGAGCCCAUCCAGGCCGAGGGAGGAGACAACCACGCCUCCCCUGACUUCUUCAUCAAACUACGCAAUAUUGCACAAAAGCAUGGCUGUGCGUUCCACGUGGAUGAAGUCCAGACAGGUUGCGGAGCUACGGGCAAGUUCUGGGCACAUGAGCACUGGGGUCUGGAUGACCCUGCCGAUGUGGUCUCUUUCAGCAAGAAGAUGCUUACAGGAGGAUUUUUUCACAAAAAUGAACUGCAGGCAGACAAACCCUACAGAAUUUUCAACACGUGGAUGGGAGAUCCGUCAAAGAAUCUGUUAUUAGCUGAAGUGCUGAAUGUGAUCAGACGUGAGAACCUUCUGGCGGAGGUGGCGCGCUCGGGGAAGGUUCUUUUGCAGGGGCUUUACGCACUACAGGCCCAGUACCCUCAUAUCCUGAGCAGCGCCCGCGGUCAGGGAACGUUCUGUGCCAUUGACGCCCAUAACAGUACCGUCCGUGACAGUAUUAUGCUCAAAGCCAGGAACAAAGGUGCUUUUCUGGGUUCCUGCGGAGAAAAAGCCAUCCGUUUCCGUCCCUCUCUGAUCUUCAAGGAGUACCACGCUCACCAGGUCCUCAACAUACUAAAUGACGUCCUGGCUGAACAUAAAUAGAUGCUUGAUGUCCAGACCGGCUAUGAUUAUGAGCAGGAGUCCGAGCCCAAUAUGGGUUCAUAGAAAUCAUCACAAACUGGGUUUACUCUUCUUUUUAUAUUUCUAAUUUAAUUUGAUAGAAUGUUUUUUUUUUUAUUUGUCAGAAACUUAAAAUCCAGUAAAUCCAGGGUGCUCAGAUUUACUUCAAAAAGCCAAAAUAGUAUUGCGCACAUCAUGCUCAACUCGUUCACAUGUGAACUUUAAAUGAGGUCACUGAGGACCAAAGAGUUCACAAGAACUGUCCCAAGACAUUUCGUAAUAAAGCAAUACAGAGAAUGAAGAAAUAGGACAGGAUUUCGAACUGCAAUAUUACCGCUUCCCUUUAUACUUCACAAACAGUAAUCAUCCAGGACAUUUUAAAAGUAAAAAAUGCAAAUGUGUAUAAGCAAGAAAUUAAAGCUAUAGUCUUAAAAAAUUUGUUUAUGCAGAUAAAGCUUGUAAAAACGGCUGUUAUGGAAAUUGUUUAGUGUGUAAUUUUGCAGGAUUUUCAGAAUAAAAUGGUAUAUUUUCUGAAAUCAAAGUUUUAAGGAGGAAGAAAUAGUGGUCGGGAGAGAGACAGUGGAAAAGUGAUGGAACCUCUAUUACUGUUUUAAUACAACAUGAAGUACAUUAUGUACAGUACAGUAACUACAGCAAUCAGUUCCCUUGAUUUAAAGUGGUUCCUUUGUUAGUCUUAUACUCUGAAGAAGACUUUUGAUUCAACUUAAAAUUAUCACCGCUAGCACAAAACCUAGUAAAGCACAAGCGGGUUAUGUGAGGGCUGAUAUGUUUUACAGGUGUGUCAAAACUCCUAUAGCAUUAACAGUGUUAAACAACCACAGACGGCCAUAAAUCUGCAUAAAACGGUCAUCCUUGAGUUUGGGCCAGCUCAGGUGAACACAAUCCCCUCAUUCAGCUGGAACAAAGACGCACAAGCUCACUUAAACAGAUACAGCUAGCAAGCCUUUAAUUGUUUAAGUUAUUGGAGGGGGGGCAAUUCUCCCGUUUUACUUGCUCUGAGUUGUGGGUGAACGUGGUUGUGGUUUAAACUGUCUUUUCAUUUUGUACUUGCUGUGUAGUUACCGUUUUUAUGAUUAUGAAGGCCAUAUUUUGUUUCUGCCACAAUCAUGGUGAUUUUAUGUAAACUGACAUUAAUAUGUAUAAAAUAACAUCUUCUCUAAUGGAGCGUUGAACAUUGUGAUUUGUGUACAUGUGUCUGUGUAAUGUAAAGUGUAGUUCUGGUUUUGAUUCGCUAUUAAAUGUCAUUGAAUGUUCCUUUUAAUGUUGUGGACAGAAGUACCAGUGUCAAAGCUUUGCUUGUCUGUACUUGGUAAACUCUGUACUGCAUAGAGAUCUGUGUAUUGUUGAUUAACAACUAUAAACGCUAGUUUUACACUGUUGUGUGUCAAAAAAAUUAUGUAUUUCUACAUAAAUGUUGUUUGAGGAAAUUAUAGAAUAAAUCUAAAAAUAAAUAUUACUUUUUUGAUUAA